AACCUUCGCAGUCCUGCGAAAUUUUGUCCCAUGUCUUGUCCAAUUAUAUUCCAGAUCUCGCGAAUGUAUAUAUAGAUAUACAGUAUCAGUAUAGUGGCGCAGUUGCAACUCUAACCUCAAAUACAUUAUACGCAUUAGCUGCAACAGCUGCAUCAGUUGCGAGAACAAAAGUGCAUUUGUUGUGUCGCAUUGUUUCUAAUAAAGUUAUUUAACAGGCGCACUAUAUAAAUCAAUAAAGCUUCUAAACAAAGCAGCUUUUCAAAACUUUUCUACUGUAAAAUUUCUCAUAAUGUCUCAAGAUAAGGGAAACUCAAAAGGUAGAAGAAAUCACGGUCAUUCGCACAAUAAAAACAGAAAGCAAAUCAAUGUCGGAGACAAAGGAAGAGAAGUGCUGGCGAAAAUAAACGAAAAUAGCCCUGUAAUCAAGCAGUUUCAGGAAUAUGCUGUUGAAUUAGAUGCAAAACAUGACCGCUAUGAAAGACUUAUCAAGAUCAGCCGUGACAUUACAAUAGAAAGUAAAAGAAUCAUUUUUCUACUUCACACGCUUGACAAAGAAAGUAAAAAGAAUGCUGUUCUUGGAGAAGCAGAAAAAAGAUUAAACAAUCUGAUCACUGUGCUUUUCAAGAACAUUGCACAGGAAUUAGAUGGUGAAGAUUCUUAUCAUUACUUGCGAGCAUAUAGAGCAGGAUUGCAGGAAUUCGUAGAGGCUAUAACUUUUUACUGGUUUUUACAAAAUAGCACACUUUACAACUUGAAAAAAUUAGAAGAAUCAUUUAAUUACACAAUUAAUAUUUCCAAGCCAACUGAAACUGAAAAAAAUGAAAAAACUGUCGAAGCUAAUGAAUCUGAUCAAACAAAUCAAAUUGAAAUAACUGAAGUGACUAAUGAUUCUGAUCAACCGAUAGAACAAAAAACAAUACGCUUUUUAAUGCCACCAGCCGAUUAUAUUUUGGGAAUUGCAGAUCUAACUGGAGAGCUUAUGCGUAAAUGCAUUAACAAUUUAACUUCUGGUGAUAUUUCCAGUUGCUAUCAGACAUGUAACUUUGUGCGAAGUAUGUAUAAAGGAUUCUUAGGCUGUGUCGGCAUUUCUGGAAGAGAAGUAGCAAGAAAGCUUUACACUUUGAGACAAAGUUUAAUAAAAAUGGAGAAUGUGUGCUAUACAAUCAAAGUACGGGGUUCUGAAAUUCCAAAACACAUGCUAGCUGAUGUGGCUACAAUAGCUGCAGAAGAUGUUAAUAUAGAGGACGAUGAAGGAUAUCAAGUAUAUUAAACAACAACCUAAAUAUUCUUGUAUUUUAUAAAAAUUAAGUCUGUAUUUUAUAGUCUUCUCAUACAAAUUAUUUCUAUAUUUAUGGUA